AAUCAAAGAUGUGGCAUUCGUCACACUUACAUGGGCGAUUGAGCCCUUUGCAUCGACAGCGGACCACCGUCGCUGUCGUUGUUUUAUACAGUUGUCAAAUAUCGCCUGAUUCAAUCAGCUGUGUGAGCAUCGUUAUUGGCACAACAAAACGCGCAGUUUUUCAUUGCGACUCAUUUUAAUUCUCAAAUUUUACUUUUAGAAGAAAAAAAAGUGUUCAUUUCCACCAUUUUCGAAUAGAAAUUCGAUUUUUGUGUAAAUUUUUAAACCAAUCAACUUUAUUUGUACAAAAACAUUCACUUUUAUCCACACAAAAAAAGAGUUUUUAAUGCAAUUCCAUAUUUUAUAGUAUUUUUAAGUAAAAAAAAUAGCAACAAAAAAACGAAUGAGCUGAAACACAUGGUUUUAGUGCAAACAUAACAAAAGAAUAGUGUGAAUUCAGACAUUCACUUUUUACAUUUUGUCCAAUUUUUUGUGCGUAAUUAGUGAUUUGUCGUACAAUUUCGACCAUUUUGCAAGACAAAAAUACGAAAACAAUAAAAAUGGAAGCACUGGGCGAUAUACAAUUCGGCCAAAAGCGUGAAUCAGAUGCCUUUUGUUGGUCGUGUCAUCGCGAUGAGCCCGAGCUCUUCUGUUCGGAGUGUGUGCGAUCAUUUCACAUCUCACCGGCAUGUUCGCGCGCCAAAAAGAUGAACGCCGAAGCUAUGGGAAUUUGGCGAUGCCCAGAUUGCAUUGAAUUGGAGAAGGACGUCGAUCAAAUGCAAUCAAGUGGAAUGCAACUGACACGCUUGAAUGAGCUUCUGAAAUGCGUCGCUGAUCUGCUUCAAGCUGAUGAAUAUUUAGCUGUCCGGUUCUUGGAUGUGUUAUACUAUGACACAAAGGGAAAGGUGUUCAAUCCGUUGGAUCUGACGAAAAUCGGAGAAAAGACGGAGGGUGGUGAAUACAUUUGCAUCGAAGACUUUUGGUCUGAUAUCAAGUGGAUCGUGCACAACACGAAGGUUCAUCGUUCAGGCGAUGAAUUGGCCGUCAAAGCCACAAAAUGGUUGUUAAAAUUCACAAAAGAUGAACUUUACACCAUUCGAUUGUGCCACGAAUGCUAUUGGAAUGCCAAUCAAAAGCGUGACGACUGGUUUACAAAGCCGUGCACGAUGCCGCACAUUCUGAUUUGGGCCAAGCAAAAGGGAUUCCCCCAUUGGCCAGCAAAGCUUAUGGCCGUCGAUGUUGCUAAGCACACGGUGGAUGUGCAAUUUUUCGGUGAUCACAAGCGAAUUGUUCUUACACCCAAAGACUGUUGCAUCUAUUCGGAAACGUGCCCCAGUACAAACAUUGGUUUACUCAAAGAGAAGUUUAAAAAGGCCGUCGAUGAGGCAAAAAUCUACAUUCAAAACAUCAUCAUGAAAUUUGGAUCGUUUCAUUUUGCCAACAGCACGAAUUUGAUGUUGAAUGAGCAACAUUUGGACCGUCAUUUGUAUGAAAUGGUUCCGAAUGCAUGGAAAAAUCCAAUUGUUCCACCGGAAAUUCCACCGAAGCCAGCCCGAUCAACAAACACACGGCGAAAGACAGUUGUGACACGAAAAUCUGCACCAAAUAUGCCUGUACCAAUCUUUGGUGGUAUUUUGACACGACGAAUGUCAGUAGCGAUUGACGCAAUAUGUCCUUCCGUCUUCGAAGAUGACACAGAAUACAAAGCAUUUGACCAGCAAUCGAAUGAUACAAAAACACUUAAGCUUAAAAUUCAGCCAGUGCCCAAGGCUACCGCAACAUUUUCCACGUCGAAAUUUCUCAAUCAGCAAAAAGCUAAGAGUGCUUUGUGUGGUUUUUCAUUUGUUGGAGGAAAAAUUGAGGGUAUAUCAAAUUUUUCAUCGACAAAUCGACCGAAUCCAUUGGUAAGUUUAGCUAAGAAGCGAAAAGUCUCCAAUGAAUCUGACGUACCGAAAACCGAAGGUACAAAGAAAGAUACAACGGGCCAUCAGACUAAAGUAUCAACCCAGUUUGGUACAGCCAGCAAAUUGUCUGUGCAAAACAGUCCAACGAGCCUAGCGACUUCAGUUAAAAAAAACCGUGUUUUCAAGUUGCCAACACUGCCAUGUGUUCGAAAGUCAUCAGUCAAGCCAUGCACAUACAUUCCCAUUGCUGACAUUCCAUUCGUUGGCAAACCGAUUGCCAAAAUGCCAACUCUUCCACGUCCAUCAUUGAACGAGGUUCCAUCGUCAGUCGAACUACAAGUGAAAAAAGAAAUGCUGUCAUCACUUGAACAACAUGAUACCAUGGACGAUUUUGAUUUUCCGCCCAAUGAUGAUGCCAAAUUGAUGUCGCCACCACUGCCAAAGAUCUUUCAAAGCCAUGCCCCGGAAAUGGUUGCUUUGUGCAAUGCAAUGAUUGAGAAAAACACACGCAAAGUAUCCGAAUGCAUUCGAUCAUCGUUCGAAUCCUCAUUUGCCGAUUUCAUGGAAGCCGCCAAUCCAGCGCAACAAAUUCAAAUGCUGCAGGAUCAGUUGAAAGCGUUGAAAGGCCAGCAUGAGACUCUCAUCAGCAAGAACAAUCAAAUGAUCAAACAGAACAAUGAAUUCAUCCAAAGUUUGACCAAAUUGAAAGGCGAAAAUGAAAAGUUGAUUGGUGAUUUGAAGUGUGAACUGGCUAAAAAUGCCAAUCUCAACUGUAACCUGAAUGCAUUGUCAACGAAAAACACACAAUUAGCAUCGACUGUGGCCAAAUUACAGGAAAUCAACGUCGAACAAGCCAACAAUUUGAAAAGCGCCGAAGAGAACAAUUCUUAUUUGGCUGGCGCAAACAAAGCAUUGAUGGAAUCAACGGAAAAACUCAAAACGCAAUUGGAAAAUAUGACGCUGGACAAUAAAAUUCAACGCGAUCAAAUUAAAGAGGAAACGAACAAAUUCGAUGUUGCAAAGGCCAAAACCUACGAAGAAUGCGUCAAAAUGAUUGCCGAAACGAAGAAGAAGCAAUGGUGCGCUACGUGCGGAAUGCCAGGCGGACGGUUCUACUGUAGCCCGCAGUGCGAGGAUUAUUAUUGGCAACAACAGCGCAAUUAAUCUCGCGAAAGACUCGAGUUUUUCUACCGAGAAUCCCGCAUCUUCAACAUGAACUGCCAUCUUAACCAUCUUCAAGAUGAUCUGAAUCGAACAAAUACGACGUUAAUUUAGUUCGACGAUAGUUCGAUCUACGAAUUUACUUUAACUAUUUCUGAUCAGUGAUCAGUUAAGAUAAAAAUUACAAUAUUCAACGUUAAUUUUAAAUCAUUAAAAUUCAUUUUUGGCUAUCAAGUGUUUAGAAACAUUUGUCUGACGAUUUAAAUCAUCACAAUCCAUCAAAUUAGAAAAAAAUAACCAUAAAUGUUGAAUCCAAUCAAUCAAAAUUGUUAAACAACUAACAUUGUAAGUUACAUGGAUAACGAAGUGUGACAGUAAAUUACUUAAGCUUACAAAUACAUCAAGCUAUUUAACUGAUCUAGAUUGAUCAAAAAUUCGUCAAUAAACUGGUUACUGAAAAUCACUUUUCGAAAA